AUUCCACGCAUAUGUUUAUCUUCUUUGCUUUCACUUUUCAACCACUACUAUUCUCCGCCUCCAUUGUUAUCGUUUUUAUCUCUAUCUUCAAAAACCCAAAAGCCCUAUCAGUUCUAAGCUCUUCAAUUUGAAAUCUAGGGUAUUCGAUUCCGAUUUUCUCAAUGAAUUUAGUUUUUCUAUGACACACACCAUCCUCAUGCGUCGAAUUCGAUUGCUUCAUUCGUUUUCCGUUGUAUUUCUCUACUGGUUCUACGUGUUUUCAUGAACUAGAUCUAAAUCCCUAAAUCUUUGAUUUUGAUUUUAUUUCUCUUUAAGCCUGAUCUUUGUUUUUAAUUUUGUAGUCUAACUCUUUAGAAACCCUAAUUUUCAUAGAUUUUGACAAAUUCGUUCGGAAGAAAAAAAGAAUUUGUAAUUAAUGGCUUCGAUUCAACGACCUGCGAGUUCGGGAUCCGGAUCUGGAUCUGGAUCUGGAUCGGAUGUGGCGAUUGACGAGAGGAAGAGGAAGAGGAUGCUGUCGAAUCGCGAAUCGGCGAGGCGAUCUCGGAUGAGGAAGCAGAAGCAGCUGGAGGAUCUGACGGACGAGGUGACUCGGUUGCAGCUCUCGAAUCGCGAUCUGAUGCAGAAGAUCAACGCCAAGGAGCAGAACUACGGGGCGAUCGAAUCCGCCAAUAACGUUCUCAGAGCUCAGCAUGCGGAACUCACAGAUCGCUUGCGAUCCUUGAACUCGGUGCUUCAGAUGAUGGAAGAAAUGAGUGGAUUCUCCGUGGAUAUUCCGGAGAUUCCUGAUUCUAUGAUGAACCCAUGGCAGCUCAACCGUCCGAUCCAGCCGAUCAUGGCUGAUAUGUUCAUGCCUUGAUCAAUAAUCCUAUCCAUCGGUCUCUGAUCUUUCAUUGUUAGUAGAAGUCGGUUUUGUGGUGAUGAGUCAUUGUAAUGGUGUUUAAUAAUUUGGGGUUGUGCUAUGUAGAAAAGGCUUGAUAUGUUAAAAUUGUUAUGGAAGGUCGUUUGGAUUUCUCAUUGGGUUUGUAUUUUGUAGAUGAUGUAGUAGUAGUAGUAGUAGUUUGUUUUAUCAUUUUAAUCAAAUGUGUUUUUAUGUUUUAUGUACUCCAGUUAUUAUUAUGGAUUGUUGGGUUGUGGAUGCGUUUUGGAUUUCAA